UGUAUAAAACUAAUACCAUUUACAACUGUCACGUUAUUUAUUAGACUUUAACAAUGGUGAAAGUUACAAUUUUGUUAGUCUUACUUCUGGGUUUAUUGUGUGAUUGUGACAAUUUUCAAAAUGAAAGAAAUAAACCCAAUUCAUAUACUUACGGUUCACCGAAAACACGUGCUAAAAACGACGUAAUCAAAACCAACAACAUCCAGGGUGAAGAAUCACAACAUUUUACAAUGAGCGAUGAACCAGUAUUAGAUUCAUGUCCUUCAAAGAUACCGUCUUUAAUGGACCCUUCAACUUCCAUUGGAUUUUUACAGCCACAAGAAAUAAGUCUCGCAGAUCAAUGUUUUUCUAGGCCACAAUGUGAUUUUUUUAACCCAUUCAGAACAAUGGAUGGUAGUUGUAAUAAUUUACAAUACCCAACGUGGGGACAAGCUAACACAGCAAGCACACGAAUCAUUCAAGCUAAUUAUUCCGAUGGUUACGCCCAACCAAGAAAAUCAAUAUCUGGUCGUGAAUUGCCAAAUGCUCGAAAAAUACGUACAGCCAUAUUACAAGACAUUGACAAAUCUUCAUCAAAAAAUAAUUUAUUUGUCAUGCAAUAUGCUCAAAUUGUUACACAUGAUACAGAAUUCACGUUACUUAAAGAAUCAGGACCUAAUGGCCCAUUGAAGUGUUGUAAUGAGGAUGGUUCUGCACCGGAGAUUCUACCGAAAGAAUGCCUUCAGAUUAAAAUCUCAGAUGAUAAUGAACCACAUUCAAAACACCGAUGCUUAUCCGUUCCAAGAGCACUUGACACAUCGGAUCGGGGUUGUAAUAUUAAACCAGUCAGACAAAUGAUUGGGGUUUCUAGUUUUAUUGAUGCAUCGAUAUUAUAUGGAUCAGACCUUGAAACAUCACGUUCUAUAAGAAAAUUUAAAAAUGGAAAGCUCAGGCGGCAGUUGGGACCUAAUGGGAAAUCGUAUCUACCCAAUGUGAAAAAAGCGACAGAACUUUGCAACGUCACUCUUGAUAGCACAGUAUGUUACGUUACAGGUGAUCCAAGAGUUAAUAUACAACCAGACAUGUCAGUUGUUACAAUUUUAUUAAUGAGACUACAUAAUUAUUUAUGUGAUGAGCUUAAAAGACUAAAUCCCAAGUGGGAUGAUGAGCGAAUAUACCAAGAAGCCAGGAGAUUACUCAUCGCAAUGCACCAGCAUGUUACAUAUAAUGAACUAGUUCCAGUAAUUUUAGGAAAAGAUUUUGCUAGAGAAAACUAUUUACUACCGUUGAGUAAAGGAUUUGACGAUAGCUACGACCAAUAUUUAAAUCCGACAACAAUAACUAGCUUUACAGCCGCUGCGUUCAGAUCACUACAUAGCUCCAUACGUGGAUUUAUUGAAUUAGUGAACGAAGCCCGAAAAAUAACAUCAAAAAUACGAUUGAGCGAUUUUUUUUUUAAACCCGAUAUAGUACAAAAACAAGAUAAUUAUGAUAGCUUCACCAGAGGUCUAUUAACGCAACACGCACAAGAAGUAGAUCAAUAUUUCACAGAAGAGAUUAGUGAGUUCGCAGUCAGAAUACCGGACAGACAUCAACAUAUCGACUUGCCAAGCGUAGACUUGGAGCGUGGUAGAGAUUAUGGAGAGCCAUCUUACAAUAAAUUUAGACAACUCUGUGGAUUGAACGAGGCCAAAACCUUUUAUGACUUAAUCGACCAAAUAGAUAAAAAAGACAUUGACGCCUUAUCAAAAGUUUAUGAACACGUGGAUGAUGUCGACUAUUACGUAGCUGGCCUCUUGGAAAAAUCAAAACCCGGAUCCAUGUUAGGCCAUACAUUCCAAUGUGUUGUUGGAGAAAUGUUUUUCAGAUUGAAGUAUGGUGAUCGAUUUUAUUACGAAUUCGGACAUCAGAUAGGCUCUUUUAAAUUAGAUCAACUCGAAGAAAUAAGAAAAACGACAUUAGGACUCAUCGUGUGUAUAACAUCAGACAUUUAUUCUGUACAACGUAAUAUGUUUGAAGUACCCAGUAGUCGUAAUCCAUUGGUAUCUUGCAACUCUAUAGCUAAACUCAAUUUGUCUGCCUGGAAAGAAGAUAAACCAUUUCACGUGAAAAAGAUAAUCGCUUUAAUCUUGACCGUCGAAUUGUUAAGAGUUGCUAAAAAAAUGAAAAAAACUAUUAUCGUUUUCGUGUUUCUUGUUUGCGUAUCAUGUCAAUGUCCUAAAAAAGAAGAAAAUGGACUCAGACCAGAAAAAAAAAGUCAACCAGAAUCACGUUGUAUACAUGCUAUAAAUGUCCCCAAGAAAAACCAUUUCUUUCGUGGUCAAGGAACUAAAAAUUUGACGAUGAGAGAUGAGCCAGCAAUCGUAGAUCCAAAACCUGCUAAGAUACCAUCCCUAAUGACUUCAACAAACGCUUUUGGAAUGUUACAACCAAUACAAAUUGACCUUGCCGAUAAAUGUUUUCCUCAACCAAAGUGUGAUCCCAUUUCACCAUUCAGAACCAUAGAUGGUAGUUGUAAUAAUUUGAAUUUUCCAGUUUGGGGACAAACAAAUACAGCGAGUACUCGAAUUAUUGAAGCAAAUUAUUUUGAUGGUAAAUCGCAGCAAAGAAAAGCAAUUUCGGGUCGCGAAUUGCCCAAUUCCAGACAUAUACGAACAACAAUAUUCUUAGACAUGGAUAAACCUGCACCAGAACAUAAUGUACUGGUCACACAAUUUGGACAAAUGAUUGCACACGAUACUGAAUUGACAUUUCCUAAGCUUUCAGGAAAUGGUGGUAAGCUUGAAUGUUGCAACCCAGACGGUACGACUCCAAGAUUUUUACCGAAAGGGUGCCUUCCAAUUACCAUUCCACAAAAUGACCCUGGUUCGAAAAAACGAUGUAUGUCCAUUCCACGAGCAGCUGAUACAUCAGACAUAGGUUGUCAAAUCCAACCGGUUCGACAACUUAUUGGUGUUACUAGUUUUAUUGACGGUUCAGCGUUGUACGGUUCAGAUCCUGUUACAGCAAGAAGUUUACGUACGUUUAAUAAUGGCAAGCUGAAAAUACAAUCUGGAUCAAACGGAAGAUCAUUUUUACCAAAUGUAAAAAAACCAACACAAUCUUGUAAUGUCCCUACAGAUAACUCAGUAUGCUACGCUUCAGGAGAUCUAAGAGUUAACCAACAUCCCAAUAUGGCAGUUAACACGAUUUCUUUGAUGCGAUUACAUAACAUACUGUGUGACGAGUUCAAAAGAUUGAACCCCGCAUGGAACGACGAAAAAAUAUACCAAGAAUCCAGGAGACUACUCAUCGCAAUGUAUCAACAUAUUACAUACAAUGAAUUCGUUCCGGUGAUUUUGGGAAGAGAUUAUUCCAGAGAAAAUAAAUUACUACCGUUAAGUCAAGGCUUUGACAAUAAUUAUGAUGAAUUCUUAAACCCUACUACAUUUACUAGUUUUACUGGAGCUGCGUACAGAGCUCUCCACAGCUAUAUACAAGGAUCAAUGGAUUUAGUUAGUGAAUCCAGGCAAACCACGUCAACGUUACGUCUAAGUGAUAUAUUUUUAAGACCCGACAUAGUACAAAAUAAAGAUAAUUAUGAUAGUCUCAUUAGAGGAAUGCUAACUCAACACGCACAGGGGCAAGAUCAAUUUUUUACAACAGAGAUUACUGAAUUUCUAUUCAGAAGUCCGAACAAAACGGAUGGCGUUGACUUGAUCACCUUAGAUUUGGAACGCGGACGAGAUUUUGGAAUACCUUCUUACAAUAAAUUCAGGCAACUAUGUGGAUUGAAAGCGGCUAGAUCAUUUGGGGAUUUGACUGAUCAAAUUAGCAAAAAAAACGUCGACGCCUUAGCUAGCUUGUACGAACACGUGGACGACGUAGAUUAUUAUGCAGCUGGUAUGUUAGAAAAACAAAAACCAGGAUCCAUAUUUGGGCACACAUUCCAAUGCGUUAUUGGUGAAAUGUUUUUCAGAUGGAAAUUUGGCGAUCGAUUUUUUUACGAAUUUGGAAACCAACCAGGUUCUUUUAGCUUAGAUCAACUUAAUGAAAUACGAAAAACUACAAUGGCGUCCAUUAUGUGCAUCACAACAAAUAUUAAUUAUGUUCCAAGGAAUGCGUUUGUUGUACCAAAUAUUAAUAAGAAUCCAUUAGUACCUUGUGUCUUAAUACCAAAGCCCAAUUUAUCUGCUUGGGAAGAAAAGUAAUUCAUAGGAAAAAAGAGGUCGUUUUUUAAUAAAUAAUCAACAUUUAUGAACUUAUUUUCUUAUGAAAUAAAAUGAUUGUAAUUUGUAGUCUUAAAAUUUUAAAGGUUUGUGUUUAAAUGUUUAAAAUUAUAUUGAAAAAUUGGUAUUUUAAUAAUAAAAAAAUUAUAAAAUAAAUAA